UAACCACUAGCACCUUUAAAAUGUUGUCUUAGCAUAUUUAUUUCUGAAAACUGGGAAGAGGAACAAGAAUUGAGAUAUUCUUGUGUUAUAUGUAAAAUUCUGUUUUCUCUAAGUUUAUUUGAACAAAGAGAGGAUGUCAGCAUUAGGUGAAUUGUAUUCAAUUUACUCAAUCUGCAGUUUUGCAGCUGGGAUUGCAGGGAACCUCUUUGCGUUCGUCUUGUUUGUGUCACCGAUACCAACAUUCAGAAGAAUCAUUAGAAGCAAGUCUACAGAACAGUUUUCUGGAUUACCUUAUAUCUAUGCGCUCUUGAAUUGCUUAAUAUGCCUCUGGUAUGGGACGCCUAUUGUAUCUCCUGGCAUUAUAUUGGUUUUCACUGUCAAUUCAAUUGGAGCAGUGUUCCAGCUAGUAUAUAUCACCAUCUUCAUCGUUCAUGCAGAGGGGUCCAAGAAGUUGAAAAUGUUAGGAUUGGUGCUUGGCGUUUUUGCUGUAUUUGCUGCUAUAGUUGCCAUCAGCCUAUAUCUAUUUGAGCCUCCUAGUCGGCAGACUUUUGUUGGAUAUUUAUCCGUCUUUUCUCUCAUUUCCAUGUUUGCUUCUCCACUAUUCAUUAUUAAUUUGGUGAUCAAAACAAAGAGCGUGGAGUACAUGCCAUUUUAUCUAUCCCUUGCAACUUUUCUCAUGAGCCUUUCUUUCUUUGCCUACGGAAUGUUCAAGAAUGAUCCCUUCAUAUCUGUACCGAAUGGGAUAGGAGGAGUUCUUGGUGUCAUACAACUGGUCCUGUACUAUAGAUAUAGCAAUUCCGGAGAGGAGCCAAGAGCACCUCUUUUGGAGUCUUAUGCAUGAAAUACAGAAACUAUGGCUGGAAGAUUCAUUAAGAAGUGGCACAAAACUCUCUCUCUCUCUCUCUUUUUUUUUUUUUAAUUCUUUUUCCUUGUGCGAGAAUGUGGGAAGGUGAGAAAUUUUUGUUACUUUUCUCUUUGAGGGAAGAAUUUGGUAAGAUGUGUUGAGUGGUGAAGGGUGGUAUAGCAGUAUAAUGUCAUUUGUGGGAAAUUACAGUUAUUUAUCAUCUGUUCUGUGCUCAAGUUCACAUUGAGCAUCUAUUGUUUAAUGAAAGGUUCAAGUGCUGAGUUAACUCUCAGCAAGUAUUCGUUUA